AUGUCUUUAUCUUAUGAAAAUCCAAAGAACUUUGAUGAGUGGAUCAAGGUCACUCAGGAGUUGACCCAGAUCAUGAUCGAUGAGAAGGCAAUGGUCAAUGCUGGUCGUUUCCCAUACACAAGAGACAACUCCAUUGAUCAUGAAGAGAUGCUUAAAGUGCUCGUCGUCGGAAUGGUCUCACAGAUCCCUUUUAUAGGUGAGCCAUUCGGUGUUGCCAUCGAUGCCAUAUGGUCAGAUGCCAUUGCUCAAGAUAAUACCCCAGCUGCAAUGUACGAUGGCUUCCGUGAGAUCACCAGGAACAUGAUCGAUGAGGCAUUGGAGAAUGCUGACCUCGAGUUGUGCACCGCCGAGAUCCGCAAGAUCACCGCCGAGAUGAUUGACUUCUUCCCCGUGUACAACAAGUGGCUACGCAAGCCACACAAGAAAGCCCUGCGCGAGUCGUGCAAGGACCAUUUCUCGAAAGUCGAGUCGGCAGCCAACACCAUCAUCUUCAUGGAUGGCGCCGCGCUGCGAAAGGCAACAUAUGGAGUGACCGAGUUGGGCAUGUUCACCGUGGCCGCCACCACCGAGAUCUUCCUGCUCAAGGAGGUCGUCAAGAACGGCAAGACAUGGGGCUUCUCCAACAUUGAUAUGCAGGGCUACAAGAACAAGUUGGCCACUUACCCACGCGAGUUCACCGACUAUGCCAUCAGGACUUACAAACAUGGAGUUCAGCUGAUCAAGGAUCGCGCAACAAAGAAUGGAGAGCCAGGCUAUGUGGCCUUCAACCAGGUGCUCAAGUUCCGCACGUACUGCGCUCGCUUCGUCUUUGACUUUAUUGACCUGUGGUCGGUCAUGGACUCCAAGUUGUUCCCAGAGGGCACUUCAUAUUACAACCCUCGCUACUGCUAUCAGGAGCUGGUCGGAGUGCCCGUGAUUGAGAACCGUGGUGUAUCCAUGGGCGACGGAGGCUACUACAAUUCGCUAUCCUAUGAUGCCUUGGAAAGUUGGUUCAACGACGUCAGCAAAGACCAGUUCCAGAAGGAACUCAAGCAGAUCCGGAUUACCAUCGACCCUCAGCACCCACCCGGCUGGCUCAAGUCCAUCCAGACCACCUACCGCGACCCCGCCUACCCCAACUCUGAGCAUGUUGGGGAUGUAGUAGGAGCCGAUCCAGUUGAAUCACACUCCAACGUCUACAAAUUCCUGCCACACGCCACCACCGAGUCCUUCUCCUAUGGCUUUGGCUUGGUUCCUCGCCAGCUUGGAUUCAGCUCCAGCACAGUGACCAGUUCGACAUUCUCCACUCCCAAUCUAAACCUUGACUACCCAUGGCACAAUGGUACUUAUAAUGAUGUAUAUGCCCAGGUCGGCGGUACUAACAAUCCAAGGUAUACUCGUUAUGGCGUCCCAGCGACCAUCCCCAACCACAAGCUUGGUGUGAUCGCUGGACAUACGACAAACUGGGAGACGGUCACCAACUACUACAAGUCCGAACCAUUCCAGAACCCCAUCAUUGUUAGAGAUGGUGUAGUAGAUGCCAUCCUCGUUGGAAUGGUUCCAUCCAACACUUUCAAUGAGAACUACAUCAUGCCCAAGGUGUGCACAAUGAUCUCCGCCACCAAGCUGGCCUACAACUCUGGCGCCUCGUUUGCUCGUGACCAUCUGAUGCCCACCGUGCACUCGAUGCGCGUGCCCAACGGAUCGACCAUCAACUUCAGGUUCCAGCCUUUCGAGGACACCACCAGGGCCUUCAUACUUGGUGUUCGCUACUUCACUUCUGCCCCAACUGGCACAGUCAAGCUCCAAGUGCUCAACAAUAGCAAGAAGGUUGGCGAGCUUCUUGGUGACUUUGAGUUGGAACAAUGCUCAAUGUCCAGUGACAAAUCAAUUCCCUACUACAACACACUCAAGGACAAGACCAUCAUGAUCACAUUGAAGCCCAGAGCCACAGCACUUGCUGACCUAGCCAUAUACGCGUUCAAGGCUGUUGGAGGUGAGGUCUAUGUCAAUGCCAUUGCCUUCUGGCCAGCUCCCACACAGCCACCUGCCGUGCCCAAGCCACCCACUGGAAAGACCGCUCCAAAGGCUGUACCCUCGGCUUAA